UUGACUUUUCGCCAGUUGUCAAAAAAUAAUCCGUAAAAAACUCAGAUUAUUUUGUAUUCCUUUGCAAAACCAAGCUAUUAUUAUUAUGUCUGAUAUUUAUAAACCGUGAAGAGAAUAAAGACUCAAAGUAAUCAAUUAGCCAAACAUUUUUUUACCAAUUAGUUUUUUUUCGUGGGAUGAGUUCAAAUGAAGGACCCUUCGAUAUUAAACUUCCAUCACUAUGAACUCAUUAACUUUUUAAGUAAUGUGAGAAGCAUGAAUCCAUUCCACGUUUUGGGAAUAAAAAAUGUCCCCUCAAAAUAUAUCAUUCCAUUCCCCUCAAGAAACGCUUCUUUCUUCGAGAAACGCUACGUGAUUGCUGCCCACAUAAGUUGGAUUCGGGAGCUUGUAUCAACCAAAACAAUUCCAUCUACAUUCCCAACUCACGAAACUUUACUGGAUGAUGAAGUUCAAGCUUUUCUUGGUCAAAGACAACCUGAAGAAUUGGGACCAAACUGGAUGCUUCUGCUACUUACCGUUAUGAAAUCUCCAAAAAAUGCUGAAACCUAUUUUGAUCUUGAUGAAGGGAACAUUACCAAUCACAACCAGAAACCAAAAGGAAACAUGACCUGGCCACAAAUUUUAGAUUUUAUAGGAGAGUCAAAUUUCAACUUUAUCUGGGAACAACCACAAAUUAGUCUGCUGGGAAAUCACGACUCGGAAUCACAAAUUGUAAAAAAUAAUGAAGGAACCAGUAAAUCAAUUGCUACAAUGGAAGCACAUCUCUACCUUAACAAACUCAUUAGAAAAUUGUACAUAAACUUGGGCGACGGGGCAGGACGUUCAAGAGGCGAUGAUGGCGAAAAUAUUGAGGUAGAACGUUUCCCAGUAUCCGGUUUAUCCCAGGCGCUAUUAAUAAUCACAAAAUCAAUCGAAACUGCCGAGAAAGUACCGACUGAGUGCUUCCUACUGUUUCAUCAGUAUAUGGAUUUUAGUUUACACGAUGCUGUGACAUUCUCACCUCAAAAGUUGACCUCAACAUCGCGACAAAUGUUUAUAGUGUAUCAGAUUCUCAACUUUCUACGCGAUUUCCAAACAACCGGUCUUCCUUUAGGGGGUUUAUCGUUGGACGAUUUUAAAAUAGACGAGUCUUUAUAUUUAAACGUUAUUCCGUGGAUAUCUGGUAUUUAUGAUGAGCUGAAAACAAACUCCGAUGACAAGAACAGUGGGACAGAAGAGGUGGUGGACUCUAAAGUUAUUGCCAAAUUGAAAAGCAUUGUAAACAAGGUUAGAGGAUGGGACAAUGAUCCAAAAAAGCCAUCAGCACCACCACAAGAUUGCCAAAUUGAUCCAAAGUUUGUCGAAACAGUGAUCCGUUAUUGGUGUGAAGGAUUAGUAUCAAAUUAUGAAUAUAUUAUGUUCCUCAAUUUUCUGUGCGGCCGAUAUUGCUCUGUGAAUCCAAAUUUUUACCCUGUCUUUCCAUGGGUCUGCGAUUUUUCCAGUCCAACGGGUGGGUGGAGGGAUUUCAAAAAGUCAAAGUAUCGACUCAACAAGGGAGACAGACAGUUGGAUAUUAUGUAUGAAGAAGUUUUGCAAGACAAAACUAAACCUUUGUCGGACAAAACCAAGGGGGCUCCUCACCAUGUCUCAGAUAUUUUGUCUGAAAUCACUUACUAUGUCUACAAAGCUCGAAGGACACCAAAAGAUACGUUGUGUAAAUUUGUUCGACCAAUAUGGGUCCCGGCAGAAUAUCCUAAUUCAAUAACUCGAAUGCAAGUCUGGACUCCGGAUGAAUGCAUUCCUGAUUAUUUCGAUGAUGCCACAAUAUUUAAGUCAAUCCAUGAAGAUCUUCCGACGUUAGGUAUCCCAGAUUGGUGUUCUAGUCCUGAGGAUUUUGUCAUUCAACAUCGCAGAAUGCUAGAAAGCGAUUUCGUAUCUGCAAAGCUGCACCACUGGAUCGACUUGACAUUCGGAUAUAAAUUAAGUGGAACGGCUGCCGUAAAGUCAAAGAACAUUUAUCUGUCACUAGUCGAUUCUCAUAUGAAUUUAGAAUCUCAUGGCGUUGUCCAGUUAUUCCAGACUGCUCAUCCGCCAAGGAAAAAUCCGUUGCGCGAUAUGCGAAAUAAAGUUCAAUAUAAAGAUCUGAAAAAGUUAAGAGAACAAGAAGGCGACGAUCACAUUCUGGAAGCCUCGUCAAACUCUUUGGAUACAAAAAAUAGAAUAUGGAAAAAUAUUAACUUGCCGAAACAUUAUGAUCCAAUGGGACUCUUUAACGAUUUUGAAGUUACAAUGAACUUCUUCAAAACUCAGUUUCCCUAUUUAACAGAUCCAGGCGUUACAUUAAUUGGUUUGAAAGAUAGGCAAGAAAUCCCGAUAUUUGUGAAACUGUUCGGAUGUCUGCUCAUGGAAAUCAUACUGCCACAAAAAUGUAGACAUGCAUCUGUGACAGGAGGCAUAGAAGAAAAGUUUAAUUUUUAUAAGAGCAUUGUCAAAGGAUCAAUGCCACUAGUUCCACUUUACUGUAGGAGAGCUAUUCAGUCAAUAUUUGAUAGCGACAGUCUGGAAUUUUCUAUACCGAUCAACAUGUCGUUGGAUUUACUUUUACUAGGAGAAAAGUUAGGACCAAUCCCUUUCCCAUCGUAUUUUCCUAAUGUGUACAAAAUGUUGAGGUCAAUGAGAAAUUACGAGAAAGUUUUGGCUACUGCAUCUCCAGAAGAUGUGGGAUAUCGACUUCGGUUGCAGGAACUCAAAGUGCAAUCGUUCUCGAGAGAUCUUACUCAACUACUGGGUACUUUGGAUAAUGAAGGGAUUGACUUGGUUCUACCAUUUGUAGUUGAGAUGUUUGAAAAUGCGGAAACACGGGUGCUGGCUUCAUGGAAUUUAUUUUGUCCAUUUGCCAAAGUUAUUGGGAGAAAGAAAUCAUCCGAGUAUUUAUUAGACCCAAUCGCCAAAAUAUAUGAAAACGAUUAUCACUCUGAUAAACAUCUCAAGUUAUUUCAUAAGACGUUUCUCCUCCAACUCUGCAGUUGUUUUGGUCUCACAAAAUUUCUCAAAAAAUUUGCAUCUCUUCUUGUCGAAGCAAUUGGAGGAUUAAAGGCUUCCGGAGAUCAAAGUGAAACGCAUACUCGGACUCAUUUAAACUCUGCCGAUUUAGAAAUUAACCAGGCUGACGAACCUAAAAGCUCGUCUAGAAAGAAGUCAGUGAAACUACAAAAUUUUAAGAGAAGCGAAUCCGAAAUAGAUUCAUCAACAUCACAGACCGUUGAACCAGAAAUGUUUGUAAUGGAGCCGGAUGUUUCUGAUUCUGAAGGAAAUGAAACCUCAGCAACAACUAAUUCUUCAACCGCAGUAGAAGUGACCAAUGCUUCCGAUCCUUCCGAUUUAAUUAGUCAACCUAAAGUAACGUCAGGAGGAAACACAAUAACAACAAUAACUACUACUAGUCAAAACCAAAGUUCACAUCAGUCAAGCUCACAUAGUAGACACCAAAGAGAUGGAUCUAUGCCUCGUAGAAGUGGAAGCGCUUCAUCCAUGGGAGGAGGAGGAGGAGGAGGAGGAGGAGGAGGAGGAAGCAACUCUGUGAUUGACAUUUCUGACGUGUGCUUUGAAAGUGUCAUUUAUCUUGCUCAUCGUUUAGGACCAGUCUUGACGGCAAAACAUUUCUCUAAAAACUUGCUAAAAAUGUUGACCCUGUGUUACAAAGAUCACUUAACGUUGAUCGAACCCCACAAAGGGUUGACCUGUGACGGAGAUCUAAACGUGUCAAAGGUUUUGGAUUGUUUGAUGGCAAUUUCAGAUCUUUAUGGAGAUUCAUUUGUUGAGCGGCAGUACAUCCCUUACUGUGCGGAUAUGAUCAAAUCAGCAAGUCAGAAAAUGAAUCAUAAUGCAGAAUCUGCUUUACUUGGAGUUUCGUCCAUGCUGGACAGAAUCUUUCAAUACAUUUCAGAUACUGUGCUUAUGACAGUUUUACAGGACCCCAUUAUUAGAGAAAUUCUAUCUCCACUUGUCGGCUUGAUCUGCUCCAACUCUGUGGAAUUGCCGAACGGAGAAAUAUCAAGGGCCUUGCUCGCUUGUAAAUGUAUGAACAUGAUGACCUCAAUACGGAAAAAGAUAGGGCCCGAUCUAAGUCAACUUCAUCUGAAACCAGUUCUACUCGUCAUUUGCAAAACGUUUCAGAUUGUUUACAGUAAAAAUGGAGAUAUUCGGGCCGAUAUAACUUUAGCAUUUGAUCCACUUUUGGCUUCUCAAAUUUUCACAAAUUUCUGUGAUGUCAUCACGGGUUCAGAAUAUGAAUCUUUGAUCCGUGACCUUUAUCUUCAACAAGGAUUAUCUGAGAAAUCAGCCAGUAUGCGAGAGAAUGGAAGCCCUACAUCGCAAAAAUCGCAACAAAAGUCUAAAGUUGAGCAGCAAUCAAGUUUCGGUUCACGUAGUUUUGGGAAUCGUAUCCAAGUUCAAGAGCUGGAAACAACUUCGGAGGAAGCAGAAACUAGUUUGCCAACUAAAAAAGACCCGACGCGUCAUCUUAAAGGCAAUUGGCUCGUCUAUUGGGACCAUGAGAUUGGUCGGUCAGACUCAAAAUUCAACUUUAAACAAAUAAAACUGCACACUUUCACGGGACAUACAGGAUCGGUUAGAUAUAUUCAUGCUCUCGACAAUGAAAAUAGUUUCUUGACUGCGAGCAAAGACAAGACCGUGAAAUUAUUUUCUUUACGGAAUCAGGGAGAUGAAACUGCAGUGUCCACUUGUCAGUGGACUUAUUCCAAUCACAAGAAAGCAGUUCUGAGCGUUAUCUUUCAUGAACCACUACACCUCGCAGCAUCAACCGAUGGCUUCAUUCAUCUGUGGGACCCCUUCGUCGGAAACUCUGUCCGAGUUCUUGACAAGGGAAAUGCAGCUAAAAGCAGUCAGGUUUGUGCCCUUCGGCCUAUUCUUCAUACUAGCAACUUUGUGGGAGCUGGAAUCGACAGCACUGUUCACGUUGUCGAUUGUAGAACAUACAACGCCUACGAGCUAAAGAUUGGAAUUGGCCAAGCGAGUGGAUUAGUGCGGUGUCUUGCCGUCUCUGAUAACGGUCAAAUCGUCUCUGUUGGGCAUUCAUCGGGUAUGCUGUCGACUUUGGAUUUAAGAAAUGGGACGUUAUUAGGUUCCUGGAAAGGUCACGAUGGAGAGGUGUUGCAGCUACUUACACAUCGUAACAAGCAGCUUAUAAGCUCUUCAUUUGAUCAGAAUAUUUCAGUAUGGAAUUUAGAUGAAAAUCGGCUUUCUUUCAGCAUGAGGGGACCAACCGAGCCUGUACACUCAAUGUGUGCAUAUGAAUCCGAACUGAUUUCCUGUACAACCUCAAACCGAAUUGGAAUCCAUUGUGGCAUUGAUUCGAACUCGGACUUUUCUUCCACUCGUUUAAGAUCUGAUACUUUUAAAGGCGUUGUUACAAGCAUGCGUCUUCUACCAUUAAAUCAAUUUCUACUCUUGGGCUCUGAGGCUGGAAAUGUUGUUCUAUUAUGCUAGCAAGCAGGGAUGAUUUGCUUUAAUGUGCAGAAUUAUGCGUAGCUCUAGUCGUAAUUUAUUCAUUCUUCGUUCCUGGUCAUCCGAAGAUGACUUUAAUUUUAAUUACUAUAUCGUGAUAAAUCAUUACACAUUAUUGUUUAUUACCUCCAACAUUACUUGUCUUAAUUGCGUCACUUUGGAAUAAACAUUGACUAUAUACAAUUCGAUGACAA